UGGCCAUAAAUUAUCGGUUAAGAGCUUGAACACUAACUAACAAAAAAAGUCUUGAAUUAAAGAAAAAAAAAAAGGCAUUUCCUUCCUCCUCCGUUUUAUCUCUGCCCUUUCUCUCCUCUCUCUCUUAUCUCCUCCGGUAGAAGAACCAUGGCUUCGACCACCGAUUUCACAAAGUCUUUACUAUCUCCCUUCUCCCAACAUGGCUUUAAUUCCCAGAGAGGAAGUAGCAGACACAACAAGAACGCGACUUGGCCAAAUCAGCACAAGCCCAAUAGGUCUCUUCGUGUGAACGGGUUGUUCGGAGGUGGAAACAACAAAGAUAAUAAUAAUACUGAGGAUGGACAGUCAAAGGCAGGAGGAAUCUUUGGUAAUAUGCAGAAUAUGUAUGAGACUGUCAAGAAAGCUCAAAUGGUUGUUCAAGUUGAGGCUGUUCGUGUUCAAAAAGAGUUAGCUGCCGCAGAGUUUGAUGGUUAUUGUGAAGGCGAGCUUGUCAAGGUUACGUUAUCAGGUAACCAGCAACCAAUCCGUACUGAUAUAACAGAGGCAGCAAUGGAGUUAGGCUCUGAGAAACUUUCACUGUUGGUCACGGAGGCUUACAAGGACGCACACGCAAAGAGUGUUGUGGCUAUGAAAGAAAGAAUGAGUGACCUUGCGCAGAGCUUAGGCAUGCCACCUGGCCUCAGCGAAGGAAUGAAGUAAAGAAACUGUUUUUGUUGAAUUCAUGUUUCAGUUCUGAGUUUUUUCUCUAUUUAUCAGUCAGGCAGAGAAGCAAAAACCUUUGUACUAAUAAAUACUAUUAUGGAAUCAGAUAUUUUUCUCAUUACCCUGAGUAUGAUCUAUAAUUUCAACGCA